UGCAACGGCCGCUAAAGUCAGUGAACGCAGCGCAUAAAACAAAGAAAUAACCAAAAAAAAAAAACCGAGUAAAUAAAUAAAUAAAUAAAAAAAUUAGAAACGAACUUCAGAUCUUCAGACUUGAAGACCGCGUGUGGCACCUAGUGUUAGCCAAGCUGAGCUACAACUCUCUGGCUUAAAAGAUGGUUGUGCAAAAGGCGGCCACGCCCACACUGCCAGCUGCAGCCGUGGCAGACAGCCCCGACAACUGCUACAUGCAACAAUAUCAGAAAUAUGCCACACACUGCGAGACCGCGGACAGCGGCAAUGGCAGCGACCUGGAGAGCAACGGCGGACCCGUGCAGGCGGCGGCCCUCCUGCUGACCGACGACAGCGAGGAGAGCGAGCCGUCCUCCCUGAACAGCGACAGCCUCAACUGCAGCAGCACGGAGUACGUGCGUCAGGCGGCGGCCAAGCCCAGCGGCCAGCUGCGCCAGCGCCACAAAUCGCUGCGCAUGCUCGGCAACCUGCUGCCGGACUCGCUGCUGCGCGACAUACGCGACAGACGCAGCGCCGAGUACGUGGUGCAGUUCACCAGCCCCGUCGCCGACGCCGACGCCGACUCGGUCGCCGACGCCAACGCGGUCGCCGACGCAGUCGCGGUCAAGGACAAGCCGCCAAACCGGCAGCCAGCGAGCGGGUCCGAGCCGAGGCCAAUGUCGCGGCGCCUGUCGCGCGAGUCGCUCAACGAGGCGAGCAUCGAGGAGCUGCGCGCCGCGGUGCAGCGGGCCAACUUUGUGCAAACCGGAGGCGACCAGCCGCCGCCACUUGCAGCAGCCACCAGCGGGAGCGGGAGCGGGGGGAGCGUGAGCGGGGGCAACUACAAGUAUGCGGACGAUCAGUACUACAGCUUUCACAUAAACGAGCACGAGAACUUCAGGAGCUUUGCGCGGCAUGACGAGCAGUGGGACGGGAAGCGGGACGGGCAGCGGGACGAGGCGGCGAUGCACGAGGAUCACGACGUGUUCGCCGGCUAUCGGGACGUGCGCAGCAGCGCCAGCUCCACACAGUCCACAAUACGCUCCGCCAAGGGAACCGUGCGAGGCGUCAAGAAUCGUGUGCGCAAUGGAAUAGCCACGUUCUUGCAGCUGCAACAGCAGCCGAAUGUGAAGUGCUACAUGGAGAAAGAUCUGGGCAAGGUGGUGCUGUAUACGACCAGCAUGGGCGUCAUACGGGACACCUAUGCGAAAUGUGCCAAUGUUAAGCAGAUUCUGCGCACGCUGCUGGUCAAGUUCGAGGAGCGGGACGUCUUCAUGAGCGUGGAGUAUCAGGCGGAGAUGCGGCAGCGCAUGCAGACCUCACAGAUACGCGUGCCCCAACUCUAUGUGGAGGGCCAGCUCAUCGGCGACGCGGAGACCGUCGAGCGCAUGAACGAGUCCGGCGAGCUGCGCCAGCUGCUCAAGCCCUACAAGUCCAUCGCCAGCACAUACACCUGCCAGACCUGCGGCGGCUAUCGGCUGCUGCCGUGCCCCUCGUGCAACGGCUCCAAGAAGUCCGUGCAUCGCAAUCACUUCACGGCCGAGUUUGUCGCGCUCAAAUGCAUGAACUGCGACGAGGUGGGGCUGGUCAAGUGCCACAAUUGCUGACGGGAUGAACGUAGAUGCUGUGAGGACCUGGACCCUACAUAUAUUUGUAUAUUUGCAUUUUGUAUAACCGCUUAAUCUAAGCCCUGUUUAACUUAGUCAACAACAACAACCACAACAAGCAUGAUCAUACUAACUAACCAAGUCUAGACCUAAGUAGUAAAUAGUUUCAAAAUGGCAA